AUGUUCAGUACUCGUCUCCCCCAGUCCAUAACCGCAAAAUCGGCCGCAGCCGUCACUUUACUCGGCGUUGGAGCUUAUUGUGCGCAGUCACGUCUCAUAUCAACUGCCCAUGCAGAGUCAAAUGAGCCUCCCAAAGUCUUCUCAGGAUUUGGAUUUACCACAUUGCGCCUGCAAAGCACGACAGAUGUAAACCACAACACGAAACGCCUCGUCUUCGAGUUUCCAGACCAGAACGCCACAAGCGGAUUGUCAUUAACUUCGGCACUCCUCACCAUAUCCCGCCCCGAAGGGCGCUGGUUCCCCGUACUACGCCCAUAUACACCAAUCAGCGAUCUGAAUCAACAAGGCACGAUUGAGCUCAUGGUCAAGAAAUACCCCAACGGCAAAGCGAGCAGCCACAUUCACUCCCUCACCCCAGGAGACACCCUCACAUUCGCAGCGGCACUCAAAGGACAUGCUUGGACAACGAACCAAUCCCCGCAGGUCUAUCUCAUAGCAGGCGGGGCCGGUAUUACGCCAAUCUACCAGCUAGCGCAAGGUAUCCUCAAUAAUCCAGCCGACACAACUAAAAUCAACCUCGUCUUCGGCGUCAAUACCGAGAAGGACCUGCUUCUACGAGAAGAACUGGAAAGCUUUAAGUCGCGCUUCCCCGAUCGCUUUGAUUAUACCUACACAGUUAGUCACCCGGAGGGACAGAGUGAUGGGUUCAGGAAGGGAUAUGUUACUGAGGAGCUGUUGCGGGAUGUUGUGAGGGCCGAUGCCGAUGCAAAGGUUUUUGUUUGUGGACCUCCUGCUAUGGAGAAUUCGUUGGUCGGAUCACGUUUCCAAACGGGCGUUUUGGCUCGGCUUGGGUUUGCGAAGGGUCAGAUUGUUAAGUUUUAG